AACAACAACAAAAACGACGACGUCCACCACACCGACGACGAUAGCCCAGCUAGUAGAACGGAAACAGUAGUCUAGCAUCAGCAUUUCAUCACCUGACAACAUAGGUAACAUUUACGUGGACAACCACCGAACGAGACCACUAAACGAAGCCACAGCCCUUUGGACCCGCGGCAUCAGCAGUUCUUCCACAGCAACAGCAUAAGCAUUGCAGUAGGUAGUGAGGUUUGAUCGUAAUUAAUAAUUGAAUAAAGGUUCAGUUCGUUUUAGGCAGUAGAUCGAAUAAGUUCUUUUUUUAAAACUUAGUCUGGGUGACACCCUUCUUCACUGGCGCAGUCGGCAGUUCUAGCGUGGAGUAGUUAAAGUGUAGUGAAAAGUGUUCUUAUCCGAAAUCAUCGGCGGCUUACCGAAGAGCAAAGGAGGAAACACCUAAACUACAGAUUCUAGUGCACCGGCGGUUCACCGAGACACCAAAAUCAUCUUUAACGAAGCUUCACACCUGCUAGAAGACAUCGAACCAUCCGAGGGAAUAUCGGACAAUCGAACCAUCCGAGGGAAUAUCGGACAAUUUAACCAUCCGAGGGAACAUCGGAUAAAACCCAUCCAUACAGCUACCAACAUGAAACCACGUGAAAUUUUAUAUGCAGCCAAAAAUGGACAGGAGAGACCGAUAGAAAUGGAACGCCUUGUUGAACUUCGUGACAAGUUGUACGACGAAGUUCAAGUACAACUAACCAAGACACAAAACUCACAGAAUCUGUACCACAACAGGAAGCGAGAGGAUCCGCCAAAACUAAAACAAAACGAAUUGGCAUACAACCGCAUCCAAGGAGUGAAGUCGAAAAUUAAGGACCGCUACCAACAAGUGCGAGUACGAUCUAACCGGAAACACACGUACAAAGAUAUCCUAAGUCGAAAAUUACAUAAAGAAAAACUGCGACGAAUCCGAAAGUAACACCACAGAAUCUCUAAUGUGUUUUUUCAUUUGUUUUCUCUUUUUAGAUGACGUUUAUUUGGAAUAUCCUGAUAACAACCACAUUCCUUACUCAGCUAUCCCAACCACAAUCCAUCCACGUCAUUAAUCUCAAACAAAACCCCGGUCUUUUAACCAUAGAAACUGGCAACAGUUUUAUAAAAAUAGGCAAUCACAGAUUGUUUCAUAUCCUAGAACUGGAUAAUUACGAACCUAUUUUUAGAAAAUUGCUUGCUAAUAUCCAAGGAAUACGGACGUUCUCAAAUUUUACUGAUAUGUUUGAAAUCUUAGAAUCGAAAUAUGGAACCGUUCACAGUUUAUUCAAUAAUCUUCGGCCAAAGCAAAGAAAUGAAAGAGGAUUAUUUAAUUUUCUCGGAACUGGAAUAAAAAGAAUUACAGGAAAUAUGGACCAUAACGACUAUGAACAAAUUUCAAAAAUAUUUUUGAACUGCAGAUCAAGAACAAAAGACUUAUUAACGAAAACAACGAACAGCUUAAAAUUAAUCUACAACUCCAAAAUAGAAUCAAUUCCAUUAUCAACCGUUUAAAUCAACAACAGAGUGAAAUAACUAAAAACAUUAUAUCAGCUAGAUUUGAAAACGAAACCAACAAAAACUUUAAAUUAUUUAGAGAAAUUUUGAAAAUCAAUUACAACUUAGACAACCUUAAAUCACAUUUAGAAGACAUUUUUGAAUCAAUUCAGUUAGCAAGAACUAACAUUAUUCCCAAACAAAUACUUUCAAUUGAAGAGUUAGGAUUUGUUUCAGAUAUAUUAGAAGAACAAAACAUUAGGACGAACAGUUUAGAUCAAAUUUAUGAAUAUUUAGAAUUGUCAGCAUUUUACAACCAUUCAAAACUAAUAUUUGUUGUGUCAAUUCCAAAAAUAGAAAAAGCUAUGUACACACAUUUUUUCCUAGAACCUCUUCCAGUAGUAGAUAAAAUUUUAAAACUUCCUGCUAAUGCUGCUUUGCAAAGCGACAACAGAACAUAUUUCAUCAAGAAGGAUUGCCUGCGAAUCGAAAGGACAAGGCUGUGCAAUCUAAGCAGCCUAGAGGACAUAACCGGCGACCUAUGCUACUCAAACCUACUAAGAGGACUAUCAGGAAACUGUACUUUCGUAAAAUGCUAUCAAUCAACGGAGAUCAAAGCGAUCAUGGACAAUUACCUUGUCGCUAAAAACAUCAAUAACACAGAAAUCGAAUCGAAUUGUGGUCUUUCAAAACGAAACUUAUCUGGAACGUAUUUGAUAGAGUUCCACAAUUGCUCUGUCAUAAUAAAUGGCACCAAGUUCUCAAAUGUCGAAGCAAACAAAUCAGAACCGACAUUUGUUAUGCCAUUAGAUGGUUUACAUAUCAAUGAACAGACCCUGGAAAUCCAGAAUAAUAUGGAAGAAAUUCACAUCCAUAAUAGACAUCGGAUUGAAGCAUUAACUAAGGAACACAAAAUUCAGACAUACACAUCUCUAAGUAUGUCGACCGUAUGUUUUCUUCUAAGUAUCGUUGCAGGUCUUUCAUGGAUUUCGAGAAAACGCAGACAGAUAUCUCUUCAUAUUGGAGCAUCCAUGGAGUCUAAAAGCAAACCAGAAAUUAAACCUGAGACCAGUACAAUUCGGGACGAAUCGUCUCCAAAAGGGGGAGUAGUUAAGAUCGAACCCUUACCGAUCCUCAACAAUCAUCCAUACACCAAUCGCUUUAUUGGUGUAUCAUCAUUUUCAUCAUUCCCGGCAACAACAACAACAACAACAACGACGACGUCCACCACACCGACGAUGAUAGCCCAGCUAGUAGAACGGAAACAGUAGUCUAGCAUCAGCAUUUCAUCACCUGACAACAUAGGUAACAUUUCGUGGACAACCACCGAACGAGACCACUAAACGAAGCCACAGCCCUUUGGACCCGCGGCAUCAGCAGUUCUUCCACAGCAACAGCAUAAGCAUUGCAGUAGGUAGUGAGGUUUGAUCGUAAUUAAUAAUUGAAUAAAGGUUCAGUUCGU